UAAAUACGAGCAGAGGGCUGACCGUUUGGGCUCACGUGAGAGGGAGUUCGUUUCAGGUUGAAGCAAAACCACCUGUGCUCUGACCGACCCUGUGCGGCAAACGCGGGUCCGAUUCCCAAUCUGGACUGAACGAGGAGGAAGGCCUGGAAGGGGAAGGAAAGCGACGCGAAAGAUGAGAUCUUGCUCUGCCGCGGCCAGCGCGAGAUUCUGGGUGGUGGCGCUGGCCUUGAUGGCGGCAGCGUCGUCGUCUCUUGCCACCGCGGAUGGCGACGGCGGGGACGGAAGAGGAGAACGAGAAGCGGAAGCAAGGGAAAGGGGCAGGUCGCUGCUAGGGUUCAAGGAGACGAAGGGGAACGCUUCCUAUCGGUGCUCUCCUUCCGGCCCUUGCCUUCCCUGCCAAUACUCCCAGAAGAAUGAUGAGAAAUAUCACUGCAGUGAAACUGGGUAUCUCGUGCCUUACAAAUGCACAGAAAUAGCAAACGUGGAAAAUGAAGAUAAUAAAAAUAAAGUCCACAGAAGACUCGCCUCUAUUCUAGAGAAUUCCACCAUUGUUGUAAAGGAGCAGUUGUUUGAUGUCCACAAUUACAAGUGGAGAAAGCUUUUGGAUGCUUCCUCAAAUCAGAACACACGGAAUGUCAGCUACAUCACAUAUAGGAGCUGUGUACCUGUUGUGGUCGAAGAGAAGUUGUCUUUUCUUGGAUUUGAGGUUAUCAUAGUGGGGUUGCUACUUAUAAGUGGACCUAUAGUGUACUUUCGGCAAAAACGCCUAGUAGCCAUUCCAGGAGCUGGAUUCGUGAGGGUUCCCAUAAACGUCCCAAGGUUUUGAUGAGUAGUAAAUGGAAGGCAAAACAGCAUGUCUGAUGGGAUUAGGCACAUUUGUUAACUAGUUUAUUGCCAAAUGAAUCUGCAUAAUGUUCUUGUAAGAACAGUUCAUAGCAAUAGCCAUAUAGCAGAUUGAAAAUUUGCAAUUCUUUCUCUUCACAUGCAAUAAUUUGAUGCUCAAUUAUAUGUUCAUAUCAUUUUUCUUAUGCAAAUAUUUUACAAGUAUCUUGUCUCUGAGCUCAAGCCUAUCCAGUGAA